AAGAACUUACGUCCCGUGCGUUGCGCUAAAAAAGCUACUUUCUUCCUUUCGUUUGCAUUUAUCAGUCACAGUCUAAUUUCUUUGAAGCAUAGAGCAGCAAACCGAUCUCAAUAAGUUUAAAAUGGCUCCAUCCGCCGUCUCCCUCCCACCGGCACCCUCGACGAAGGCGGCCCAAAAGGAAGCAGAGCGUACGAGUGGUGAUCCUGCGCUGGCUUUUAUUCAAGAUGAAGGAACUUCGCCGCCUGUAUUCGAGGACAAGUAUGAGGAGCGAAAGUACCUGAAGCAUAGGCUCGUUAUUGCGUUCCGCAUCUUCGCAUCCUGUGGAUUCGCAGAUGGCGUAGCAGGGCAUAUUACUAUGCGCGACCCAGUGGAUCCGGCGAGCUUCUGGGUCAAUCCGUUUGGAAUGCACUUCUCGCUCAUCAGAGACGAAGAUUUGAUUCUCGUUAACCACGCCGGCGAGGUGAUAGACGGAGGAAAGAACUGGAGACUGAACUACGCAGCAUACGCGAUCCAUGCGGAAAUCCACAAGGCGAGACCGGACGUCACAUUCGCCGCGCAUUCACAUAGCACUUAUGGACGAGCUUUCUGUGCGACUGGAAGGACACUGGACCCACUGACUCAAGACGCCUGCGUCUUCUACAACGACCACGUGCUCUACGCGAACUUCGCGGGCGUGGUCCUGGCAGCAGAAGAGGGCAAGUCGAUUGCGAGGGAGCUAGGCUCCAAGAAAGCUGCACUCCUUGGUAACCAUGGUCUCCUGACCGUUGGCCCGACGAUCGAAGCUGUAGUAGCGUGGUUUGUGCUUUUGGAGAAGUGCUGCGAGGUCCAACUGCUUGCGGAUGCGAGCAGUGCAGGGAGCGGAAAGCCGCUGGUCAAGAUUGGGGAGUCGGAAGCCCAAAAUACGUGGGAGGCGCUUGGGAAGCCGGCGACGGGUUACUUCAUGGGGCUACCCCUUUUCCAGGUAGCAGAGAAGAAGCAAUUUGGGGAGAGCACGUUCUUGGGCAGGGGGAUAGAGCCGUUGUAG